AAGUAUAGCCUCCAGAGAGCCAGUUAGAAUGGGCGUUACGAACUUCCCGUGGGUAUUGGUUUUGCUUGCCACUGCAGCCACGCUAGGAGAAGUGCGAGCGAGGAGCGUUUUCAACGCGGAUAAUUGCGGUCCCAACUUUUAUGGUGAGAUCAUACAAAGAUCCUCAAUUGGUCGUCUGCGCGAAUUUCCCUGGCUUGCGCGGCUUGGCUACAGGAAGGAUGGCGCGACUGAGUUUCAUUUUCAGGGAACACUGAUUCAUCCCUACUACGUGCUAACCACCGUGUUUGCAGCAAAUUACAACCGUAACUCUCUGGAGUAUGUGCGACUUGGAGACUAUCAUACUGGUACGGUGGAAGACUGUCAGGAGAUUGAUGAGGACGAAGUUUGUGCCCCAGCAGUUCAGGAUAUAACCAUUGACUACAUUAUAAAGCACCCGAGGUAUAAUGAUCCUAAGCUGGCGAACGAUGUAGCGUUGAUAAAACUACGACAGCCAGCCAAUGUGAGCUCAGAAUUCGUACGACCCAUUUGUGUUCCGGUGGAAGAAGAUUUUCCGUUUACGGAGAAUGCUCUGUUGUUUAUCAGCGCCUGGUGUGGCAGUAAACAAGACGGAAUAUCGGCUGUACCGUUGCAGUUUCGAAUGCAAAACCUGGACUCGUGGAGCUGUGCUUCGAAGUUAUCUCCCCUCAUAGACAUUAACCUACAUGAAUCUCAGUUUUGCGCUGUCCUGGAUUUGGACGAGAAAACCAAGAGGAAGCAUAAGAAUGUAAGCUUACGGGGAAGUACCGGAGCACCACUGCAGAUGCUCGGGAAAAACGGUCGUUUCUAUCAGGUAGGAAUGUCAUCGAUCGGUGUGAGGAACGCUGCCUUGGACACACCGUACGUUUUCGUCAAUUUGUUGCUGUUGGCAGACUGGCUCGAACAAACCGUAGCAGCGGAAGAGCAGAAUCGAUUGAACACAAGAGUAGCUUGAGAGCAAAUUCGAAGUGAGAGAGAAGAGACGGAGGAGGUGCCUGCAGACGCAAGAACGACAAACGUCAUCGUGUAUGCGAACAAGCAGAGUAAACAAAAUCAAACAAUGGGAACCGGUUUUACGGGGGAGAAUAACUUGAUACCCGCUAAAUAAUGACGUCAAAUUAUAUUUGUGGACGAGACGAUACUGUAUAAAACUAAUUGGAUCGAAAUAUAAACCUCGAUGAUGGCACAGCUGCAACAAAAGUUCAGGUUUAAUGAAAUACGAGUGAUGUUCGAAUUCAAUAAAAAUAUUUUAAAUGUAAA